AGGGCGGGCGGGCCGCCCUUGCCUCCGCAGCGGAUCCGGAGCCGCCGGUCCCGGCCUCCCGCCCGCCUCCUCCUCCUCCUUGCCCGCAAUAUGCCUCCGCUGCCCCCGGGCUGCUCGCCAUGGCGGGGACCUGCGGGCGCCUCUCCUCCCUGCUCCUGGGGCUGACGGCCGCCCUGCUGUUGCUGAUGGGGCGGCCGCCCGCCGUCGACGCCGCGGCUGCCGCAACCCGCCCGCAACAGCAGCAGCAGCAGCAGCGGGCGGCGCUACUGGGGGUCACCCCCGCCGCGGCCUCAGCUUCUGUUUUUACACUAAAAGUUCAAGUAAAUGACAUCAUCAGUCAUCAGUACCUGCGAGAAGCAUUUGUAGAAGUUUUUGUUAACUACACAAAGACAAAUUCUGUUCUCACUGGAAACAAUGGAGCAGUGUUAAUAGCAGUUCCCUACAAAUUAGGAUUAAGCUUAACUAUCAUAUCCUACAAGGAUGGCUACAUCUUAACAACUUUGCCUUGGAAGACUGGGAGAAUGCCAAUAUACUCGUCUGUGACGCUUUCAUUAUUCCCACAAAGCCAAGCUAAUAUAUGGCUCUUUGAAGAUACUGUCUUAAUAACUGGGAAACUCUCUGAUGCCAAAUCUCAACCAAGUGUUCAGUUUCCAAAACAUUUAAUAAAGCUUCCAACGAAUCACCAUGUUACAAAUGUUACAGCCUAUCUGACAGUGCCAGAGCAAUUUCUGAAACCAGACAGCUUUCUUUAUACAACAGGAAUUCUUCUAAAUAAAUCAGGUUUCAAAAGCAUGGAAUUAACUCCUCUUGCUGCAAUAUGUGUAAAUGUUCUUUUGACUGGGAAAGAACUGAAAGUAAACGGUCCCAUUGAGUUUACACUUCCACUUGCCACAAGUACUGUAAAACCAGGAGAUGCUAUACCUGCGUGGACAUUUGAUAUGAAAACUGGUGCUUGGAUAAGCCGUGGGCUAGGAAUGGUAAAGGAAGCAGAUGGUCAGUUAGUGUGGACAUACACUGCUCAACACUUGGGCUACUGGAUAGCAGCUCCACUGCCUGGAACAAGAGAAUCCAUUAUUAGUGCAGUUUCCAAGGACGUAACAGCCUAUCACACAGUGUUCCUUACAGCCAUUCUGGGAGGUACUGUUGUCAUUAUCAUUGGAUUUUUUGCUGUUCUACUUUGUUACUGCAGGGAUAAAUGCUGUCAGACACAAAAGAAGGAAAAAAAUACAACUAAGCUGGAGGUCAUAAAGAAAGACCAGACAACAUCAACAACUCACAUAAAUCACAUCAGUGCUGUCAAAGGGUCUUUAAAGUUGGAAGAUAAGUCACAGUUAUGUACACCGAAGUUUUCUUCUUACAGUCCUCAAAGAAGGGUGUCCAUAGACACAGAGGAUGGAAAAUCACGAGAGAAUUUUAAAAUCUACACAGAGGAUGCUUCUUAUCAGUCAUCCUGUCAGACUGGCCAGUCAAGAAAUGCAGCCCUUUCAUUUGAUCCUAAUAAUGGAAUUAGGCACUUACAACAGCCUAAGCAUAGUAACACUGCUAUUUCACAGGCUCCUAGGGACAUUCAAGACCAAAACAGAUACCUUCCAGUGAAAGAGGAGAUGUAUGGACUUUCCCAUAUCCCAGAACAUCUAAUGAAUAUUUACAACCAACCCAUUGCUAUUCUUCAAGCCUCUGACCUUUUUCACUCCUCAGAACAACUGCAUUCUGCUAAAUCAGCAACUUUGCCAAGAAAAGGCCAGUUAGUGUACAGCCCCAUGAUGGAGCCCAUGAAUCGUGACAAUUACAUACAAACAUUACCAAAAAUGCCAGUGCACUCUCAUCCACAGCCUUCUGUCUGCAAAGAUGAAAACAGUACAUUAGACAGUGAAGAGGGCUUACCUUCUCAACCACCAAACUGGGGCCGGUACACUAACAGCUUACUGGAAUCUGUCUCUGUUCCUGGCACGCUGAAUGAAGCUGUUGUAAUGACUCCCUUUUCAUCGGAACUUCAAGGCAUUUCAGAACAAACAUUAUUGGAACUCUCCAAAGGAAAACCAUCUCCACACCCUCGAGCGUGGUUCGUGUCCCUGGAUGGAAAGCCGAUCGCUCAAGUGAGGCAUUCUUUCAUAGAUCUGAAAAAGGGUAGAAAAACAGAGAGCAAUGAUACCAGCCUGGACUCCGGUGUGGACAUGAAUGAGCAUAAUCCUAGUAGGAAACUGGAGAGAGAGAAAACUUUCAUUAAAAACAUGCCGCAUUCCAAGAUCCUUUACUUGGAAGAUCUGGAUCUGAGUAGCAGUGAAAGUGGGACCACUGUUUGCACUCCAGAGGACCAGGCUGUGAGGCACAUUCUGGAUGGAGGCAAUGGGCCAGCCACGGAACAGCAUGGUGAAGAAGGCCUAAGAAAGAAAACUGUAUCAGGAAGUCAGGAAUCUGGUAUCCCUUCUGCUAAAAGAAGGGAUAGACCCCCUAUCACAAAAAGAGAUAGCAAAACCAAUAUCUGGAAGAAAAGAGAGGAGAGGCCGCUUAUUCCUAUAAAUUAAAACACAAUGUGCUUUGUGUUUGUUGCUCUCCCAGCUGGUUUUUUGACCUCUUUGCUGCUUGUGUAAUUCUGCAGUACUGGGUUUACAAGGGGAAUGUUGUUUUCUAGUAUCAAGAGAAGUUACUUUUUUUUAAUAUACAGAUUGAGUUAAUAAACUUCAACUGGGCAAUUGAUAACGUGAAUUCAAACCAGAGAAAUGCUAUGAUUAAAAGUUCCUCAUUUUCCUGGCAGUAUAGGGUAGGGCCCACAUUUUAAUUAGCCUGUCAUUCUUGGACACACCUCUGGGAAUGCCUGGUGAGAAAUGUAGGCACGUUUUAAUUUUUUUGUACUCAUUGCUAAUGUGUUGGUAGACUGGUUAAAGCUAUUCCUCAGCCUUGUUCCUAAUCAAUGUGACUGUCUGUACAGUAUUUUAUAUGUGAAGUUUUCUAGGGAUCUGUUACUACUUCUUUCUAUCAGGUAAGAUGUUCCAUCAAUUAGUCCCACAACACCAGCAGAUGAGCUCUGUUGGAUUUAUGAGCAGAGCUCUAUAGCAUUUCUGCCCUCCUCCUGUGUCUUAAGAUGUUGCCCAUGUGCUUUCUUACAAACUGUGGACGUUGAAGAUUGGCAUCUGCUAUGAAGUGUCCAUAUCCAGCAUAAAAGGACUGGUGCUGUUAGCAUUUGAAGCUGCUGCUACUACUGAUACCACUGUCUUGUUUUGGCUUCAAAAACUUGUCAGUGCAAAUCUUCUCUUCUGCAUGCUGGUGGGACCAUUGUGCUGUACAAACUAGUCUGGAAUCCCUGUAAAUCUAUAAAUGAUGAGUUUGGCCCGUAUUGAAAGAGGAUGCAAGUUUAGGGAAGUUAUAAUAGUUUCCUGUCCAGAGAAGUUUGGCUCUGUUUCUUUUUUAUUUUAUAUUAAAAAAAAAAAAAAAAAAAGGAAGGUCAUUGAACGUUUAUGUGCCUACAUUUUGCCAGCCUGAGCUUCUUUUGUCUGGGUUGUGUAUCCGAGUGGUUAAACAGGCUUUAAAAGUUGGAGGGUUUUAUGAGCAUGAGUGAGAGAAGAUCACAAAAUUUGGCCUAUAAUACAAUUUAAAUACUACUUAUGAUUCAUCGAGUUAUAUUUACCAAAAGUCAUAAAUGCAUGAAGUAUAACUAAGAUAUGUAUAGAGGAAGGAAAAGGCCAUCAGAAUAUUUUUAUUUUUAAUGUUCAUCUUAUCAAACUGAUUGUUUCAACUUUGGCUAACAGAAAAGUAAACGCAUCCCUUAAUGUGCUUUAUAUAGUGUGUAGAAUGUCUUUCUGUGGCUUUUAAGCUGUUUCCCUGAUGAAAUAAGUUCCAGCAUUUUGGCUUUGGCAGUUUGAUUAUAAAUCAAUCCUUAAAAAGCUUUAUAAAUAUUUCCCUUAGAGCUUAGUUAAGGUUCUAUAUGAAGGCCCAAGCACACGAUGCCUGUAUUGGAAUUGUGGAAUGAGCUGUACCAAGUUGGCUGCCCUGUAGUGGUACACUAAAGAGUUGGGAAAUAUCCUGUGCAGCUGGGCUUCUGGGACUAUUGACUCAGGAAAUACUACUCUGAAAUAGUGUCUGUGAUGUUGGGAUUGUCAGUUGUCUGGUCCUGUUUCAGAAUGGUACUUGCAGUACAUCAACCCAGUUUCUUCUGGUGUGCAGUUGCUUCAUAAACAGAAGACUAUGUUCUUGUUGAGUUCACAAGUUAGAGCAAGAUAUGCUUGAGGUGUGUGCAGCUAAAUCUUAUCUAUAGUUAAAAUGGCCAAAAGAAUCUGGUUUAAUUGUAUCACUCAUCUACUUUGGAGGUGGAGAUAGCUUGUCACAUUAGCAUGUCUUUGGUAGUCUUUUUAGGGGGCUGUAGUUCAGUUUUCAUAUGCUGAGUACAUUUUCACAACACUUUUUUUUCAGGUAAUGCAGUUCCACUGGAUUUUGUGUAUGAGGAAUUUUCUAGCCCUAAAUAAUGAUAUUGUCAUCCUUUGCUUUAUUAUAUGCAUUAGUAGGAGUCAAUAUAUAUAUUUUGUGUAGAUGUACACUUUUUAUGAAAGCUGCUUUGACUUUUGAGAUUUAAUAUUCCCCUACUCCCUGAGUUGCAUCGGUUCUAAAGCCUCCCUUUUUAAUGAGAUAAUAUAUUCUGAAAGUUUCUGAUUUUGCUAUUGCUUGUGAGGUGUUAAUAUUUAAUUGAUAUGUCUCUACUUAAAGUUUUGUUCAUCCACAGUAAUUUAAAUAUACUGGUAUUUUCCAGCUCAUUUUUAUUAUAUAUGCAAAAAAGACCUAAUUCUUCAAACUUAUUUGUGUCAACUAAAAACUGCAGACUACUGUAGAUGCCUUUAUUCAUGUAAGUUGAAAGGAAUUAAGUUUUGCACUCCAGUGUUCUUGUUCUGCAUCAGAGUAAUAUCACCAAAGAAAAAGCAUUAGAAAUGCUGAAAAGAUCAGUAGUAACUCUGGGACUUGGAAUUAGCAAUGCCAGAAGCUGUACUGAGGCAGUGCAGAUUCUUGUCUGCUCACCUAGCUGAUAAGAGCAAAGAGCAGAGUUUGGUUCUGUACUAUCAUUUGAAAGGAGCUUUUGGCUGCCUGGAUUUAGUCACAAUCUUACCUUGCAACAUGUCCCCUGUAAAGGCUGAGGCUUAGUGAUACAACUCAGCUUUCAGCCAACAAAGCCAGAUCUUGCCAGAGUUUCCUGCUGGUAAGCCUCUCAGUUUUAGGAAGAAAGAAUAACAGGCAUCUCAUCAUAUAUGGGAUGGAUUUCUCUACUAAACAGCAGCUCCUCCCUUGCCAAGUGAGGGUAUAGACAUUUCUUUUUGUGGAUUAUUUUGACCAUUUUUUCCAGAGACCAUGCACUGCAGUUCUGGCAAUACUAUUGACAAGUGUUUCAUUAUCUGUGCUUCUAUCCAGGCCAGUCAGGCAGCAGCUAUUUUUGCUGGCUUUGCAGAUCCCAUAUGCCAACUUUUCUGUGUUUAACUUGCUGGUGUUUAUCACAUAAUGCCUUAUGCUACAUGUAGCACUUGAAAAGGCUUUUCUAAAGUCUAGUUUUAUAUUAAAAAUAAUAACUUGUUUUGUCAUGUAAUGAGAAAACUGCUCUGAGACAAAUUAUUGCUGCAGUUGUAUCUGCAGAGAUAAAUACUGCAUGAGAACAGGUGAUGCCCCUAGGCACUCAAUGACAGAGAAUUCUUCCUUAGCCCUAUAAUGAGCAUAAAAUCUUGGAUUAAAAAUAUUCUCUGUAACUCUAAAAUCAUUCAUAUUUAUAUUUAGUCUUCACAGAAUAUAUUAUAUGAGUCUUUAUGUUCCAGCUGUAUGCACUGGAGACCUGUAUCACCUAUUAAUGACUGGAAUUCUUUCUUGGUUUAGAUCAUGAGAAAAUAGAUUUUUUAGAACUUAGUGUAGACAAACUGUAAGUCCAGGUGUAACACAGACGAUGUGUAGCAAAUGUGGAAGAGACAAAGUGGUAUCAUGAAAUUUGUCUUUGUUCAAGCUAAUGCUGUUCUGUGUUUUUAGAUAUAAUUUCAACAUAGGAUUUUAUAGGAAUCACUGGAAUUGGUUUUUUUUAAGUUUGGCAUUGGUGUUUUUGUGGUCUUUUUUUUUUAAUGUUGUUGGCUCACUAUUGCAGCACUAACAGAGUUCUAAAAUGCUAGUGCUAAAAUCAGGCCUAUAGAAGAAGUAAUAAAGAUUCAUGGCACGCUGCCCUUGGAAAAGCCAGGGAAACAUUCAGAGAUUUUGACUUCUGAAUCUGGAGGUUGCUUACCUUGAAGAGUGAGCCAUGCCAGAAGCACCUUUUAAGUAAUUGCCAUCUGAAGGAAGGGGGAUUGGGUGGGAAAACUGGGAAGGCUGUAGCUUCUUCCUGGUGCUUGUUUCCAGAGUGAUUCUGUGACUUCUUCUGAUGAAAUCUUCUUUUUAAAGAACAUAACUGUUGGCAAGAAUUAUGUCUUGGUUCUUCACAAGAUGCUUCUUGAGCUGUCAGCUUUUGCAAAAAAACAGCAAAAACCACAAACCAAACCAAAAUGCAUACAUGUGUGUACAGUUUAAAGUGAAAGCUGUUAGUUAUAGAUAGUCAAGACUUAAGACAACAUUUUGUCAUAUAUUUAAGGUGAAAGGUGGUUAAUGAACUUCAGGACAGUUUCCCUGCCAUGGCAGCAAUACAUGAGUUGGAAAUUCUUCUUGUAGAAGGGCGUAUCAGUUCUAGGUCUUACCUGGUUUUGAUAAGGUGGUUAGUGGAGUUAGCCAGGGUUGUUUCUGCAGAUCAGUUCAAGUAGCUUAGGUCAGCACUUUGUUGUGUCAGAAAUUCCUGGAAGUGCUCAGGCUAACUAGUGUGCAGCUGUAUGCAUAUUGAUCUGAAUAUGCUACCUAGAAGAAGCUAAUUGACUGUAUUAUUCAGGUUGUUAUCAAAUGCUGCAUAUUACAGAAAUACUUUUUUUUGAAAGAAAAGGGAGGAGUAUCACAUAAAAAUUCCAUUUGAUUAACAGGAAACCUCUUUAUAGUACUGUCAGGAAAUAAAAAAAACCUCUGAAAGCACAACUGAUUUGAUGAUUAGGGACAUUUUUUACUAAUGUAGACCUAGAGAUGAUGCACAAAAAAUCAAUCUAGGAUGUAGGAAUGAAAACGUUUGCUUUUGGUUUUAUGCAGUAAUUUUGAACCAAAGAGGAUGAAAUGAAUGGGCACCAUUCUAAACUCUUCUCAGCUAAAAAGUGGAACAGGUUAACACUAUUACUGAUCUAACACUGUGCAAACUAAAAGGCAGUACACUGUAUCUGUUGUCUAGUACUGCAUCUUAGGAAAAUCAAUCAGAAGAUAAUUUAGCCUGCUGAAGUGCCUUUCUCUUUCAUCAGACUUAUUUUAUCAGUGGGACGCCUGACUGUUUGAAAAAGCACAUUGGGUUGUUUUUUUUUCUGUUAGCCAAAACCCCCCCUUCAAUUCAUACUUAGAACAAUGUACCUUUUAUAAUAUUUUAAAAGGUGGAUCUAGUGGUUUUUCUGUUGGAAUUCUGUCUCCUGCAUGUUGAUGAUGAUGGUAAUUGUUGUAAACCCUGGAUUUUUUUGUAUUUUAUGUUUGAAGAGAAAUUAAAAAAUGUAUCUUUAGCAA